AUGGAGGCUCCGGGGAUCCGAUGCCUUGCCCUGUGGCUUCUAAUGGUUACCAUGCUCCUGCCGAUGCUUUCUGGUGAUAUGAUGUUUCCUCCUGGAGUCAAAAGACAACUCUGUGAAAGCGGGCAUCUUGGAGCGAAAAACAUAAUAUGCAACCAACCUGUAAAGAGAGGCUUUUGCAGUUUCAAUUUCUACAGAUACUACUUCAACAAAGACACGGCCUUAUGUGAGCCCUUCCUCUUCACUGGCUGUGGGGGCAACAGAAACAACUUUAAAACUAAAUACAUCUGUCAAGUUCGUUGCAUUGACAUAGAGAAGCAAAGCUCCUGGAGCAUCCAGAGAGUUGGGAAGAUCCCAGUCACAGUACAGUACACAGUACGGUAA